AUGAAGAGGGCCUUUAGCACCGGAAUCUUCCGUCUAGCAAAACGUCGUAACCAAGAUUUACAAACAACUUUAAAGUUUUUGGCUCAAACGAAUCAAACCACAACAAUUUCAUCGCUUUUUGACAAGCAAGGCUCCGCUGCUGGUCAUGUCCAAAAAGUGGUCGAUUUGCUAAACCACGAGCUGCCAGAUGGACAGGUGAAUAGACGAAGGGUGGAUGCACACUACGACAUUCUGAUGUCGCGGCUGAAGCAAGUGGUAGAAAAAACAGUGGCACAAACGGAAAAGGAGGAAAACUGUCGAAAAUCGCAGCAUAUGAGUUUCUCAGAGAAGUUUAGUAGGUGUCAAAGUAGUGAACAACUUUAUGGUUUGCUUUUAGAGCUACAAGUGAGCCAGAAGCUUACCCCUGCUGCUCUUAUAAAGAUCGUUAUGAACCAAAAUUUUACGCACCUGAACGAGGUUAGAGAGAAUCUGCCAGGUUUCAGCCACGAGCUCGAACUGGCUGCGAUGAUCUGCUAUCGACUGCGCGGCUCGGAAAGUCGCUCUGUGUACAACCUUUACACGCAACGCUGGUCUUCCGCAUGGUAUGACAUGGCGCCCGUGGCCCAGAAGCUGGCUUGGAAGUGCGAUUACCGGGUUGGAGGGAUACCAGCGGUCCGCGCCCGGAUCGAAAACAUUGGUGGCUUGACCACGGGAAACUUUGUGGGCCUAUACCAAUCCUUAUACGCGGUUGCACACCAACUACCCUCAAUCCCAGAUCAGCAGCUCACCAAUGUGCAGAGGUUAUUUAUGAGGUCACUAAGGGCUAUUUCGGCAGGGGCCUCUCACUCGGAUCAAGCCAGAAAAUCUUGCCUAGCAAUUGUGAAGGCGAGUUUGGAAAAUAGACUUGGGACAGACUGCACGCAACCUACGGAGGAAAACGGAACGUCGGUUUAUCAAUACCGCUUCAUGCGACGCCUCGACGUUCUGCUCCAGGCCUCUGCGCGCGAUCCACUGAUCCCAGAAGGGUCUCGUGGUCAUAUUUUGGAUGUCCUCCAUUCGCUGCAUGACGAAGAAGCACACGCGAGGUCGCAGAUGGUGCUAAGAUUUAUAUAA